ACAUCACACUUUUCAAUGUAAAUAAGAACCUGUCACAUCUGAUGACGGGUGAGAGGAUUUUAAUAUGGCAAUCAAAUCCAUAACAAAGUGAGAAAUAACCGUUUUUUCAACUUUAAUUAUUGAAUAGCCCGAAAAAGUUAUUAAAAUGGCUCACCGGAGUCUUACAGAUGUUUUCCUCCUUAUGCGGAACAAUGCCAUCCGUAGUAGACAAAUAUAUCCUGAUCAAGAUUCAUCAGAAAGAAUGCAUUUAGUUUCACUAACUGACAUAGAAGAAGGUUACUCGGGACGACAUGACAAUAAAAUGCCUCCAGUUUGGAUAGACUACUUGGAAAAAGCCCAAAUGAUCUUGCCUCGGCUGAAGGCCAAAAUAGGUGAACUAAAAUCCCUUCAUUCUAGGCAUUUAAAUAGGUCAACUUUUGAUGAUAGUCCAGAUGAUGAAAUAGCUAUAGACAACUGUACGCAGGAGAUUACUAGGAUGUUUAAUGAAAUUCACCGACUUUUGCAAAUAAUCAAGAGUCACUCAUUAGAAAACGACGUAAAGGAACAAAGACUAACAGUAAAUGUUUAUAUGUCUUUAGCAAAUGCUUUACAAGAUCUUUCAUCUAGUUUUAGGGCUACACAAAAUAGUUAUUUAAGACAAAUACAAGGUCGUGAGGACAGGUCGAAAAUGUACUUUGAACAGACAGAUCCAGAUUUAUUAAACAAUGACACUGAAGAUAUUGACAGUUUUUUUGUAAACACGCAACGAAUGUCUCAGCAACAACUUUUGAUGUUAGAGGAAGAGAACACAAGAUUUGCCCAGGAGAGAGAAAAAGAAGUCAACGCGAUAGUAAAGUCUAUUGUGGAUUUAAAUGAAAUCUUCAAGGAUUUAUCGCAAAUGGUAGCAGAUCAAGGGACAGUACUAGAUAGGAUAGAUUAUAAUAUAGAAAACACGCAAAUUCAGGUAUAUGAAGGUUACAAACAACUACAAAAAGCUGACACAUAUCAGAGAAAAAACAGGAAAAUGUGUGUUAUUGUUACAUUGGCUGCACUUACUAUUUUACUGACUUUUAUUUUGAUUAUUGUAAAGUUAUAAUAUAUUCCUUUAGGUUAAUAUGUAUAAAUGAACUUUUUCAUAAAGUUAGUAUAAGCUUCAUUUCAUUUCAUGAUCCUCUCCAAUAUUUGGAUUUAUGUGAUGCAGAGAUAUAAAGGAUGUAUAGGAGAAAUAAGUAUUACUGCUGAAUAUUAUAUUUAUUUUAAUAGAACAGUUAACAAAGCCAAAUAUUUUAAAUAUAUAUAUGAUGUAAUUUUUGUGUAAUAUAUAUAAUUGUUUCUUUUUGCUAAAA